AUGUGUUGCACCGAGAACUGUCUCGAGCUUUUGCCUGAUGGCCUCGGGCGUGACGCCGGAAGUCGCUGCAUUGCGGGCGGCCUCGUCAUCUCGCUUGCAGACAACUCUUGGGACAACACGGGACUGUUGUUAGAGGCUCCCUUCGACCCUUCCCGUCGUCAGGACAACACCGUGUUGCUCACCAUCGACCUCACCAAGGCUGUCGCCGACGAAGCCAUCGCACUGAGGUCGUCGAUCAUAGUCGCGUACCACCCAAUCAUCUUUCGAGGCCUCAAGUCCCUCACCCUUGCCAACUCUCAGCAGCAGACACUCUUGCGCCUUGCCAGCCAUGGAAUCAGCGUGUACAGCCCACACACCGCCGUCGACGCAGCACCAGGAGGACUCGGCGACUGGCUGGCCGACAUUGUGACCGGGACGAAGACGAGCUACGAUGCCUCGCCGUCCGCGGAAGCGACCCCAGCACCUCAAAGCGAAGGCGACCACGAUCCAUUUGUACAGCAAAAAGGAGGGGCCACACUGUCCGUUCAACGACCCACUUUCCAGCUGCAGCAUCACCCCAGCCAGACCACCCUACGCCUGUCAAGAGAUCCGCCCCAGACAACAUCUGUUCCCCACACCCGCCGUCCUGUUGUUCCCCAGUUGCCUGAGAUCAAGACACAUCCAGGCGCAGGCAUGGGACGCAUUGUGGAGUUCAGCAAUGCGCAGCCACUAACAACUCUGCUGGAUCGCAUAGGUAAAGGUUUGAACAAUCCAAAGGGUUUUCCCAUCGCAAUUCCACAGGACGCCAACAUCGGGGACAUUGAGAUACGAAGUGUGGGCAUUUGCGCAGGCUCAGGAGGAUCGUUGCUCGCAAACCUGGAUGUCGAUCUGCUGUUCACAGGAGAGAUGAGUCACCAUGAGGCACUGGCUGCUAUCGAGAAGGGUCAGGUUGUCAUCAACUUGUUCCACAGCAAUUCAGAGAGAGGGUUUUUGGCUGAAGUUCUCAGGGAGCAACUGGAAGAUACGAUUGAGGGAGAAUGGUCGGUGGUCAGAGAGGAGGAAAAGGGUAAUGAGAGGCUGAAGGAGGCGUUGGCACACGAUGAAUUUGAGGUUGCGGUCAGUGAGGCGGACAGGGAUCCGUACGGCAUCUUGGUAUUAAAAGGCAAUGCCGAAGAGUAG